AUGGGUAACGUCCCGGUGCUGACAAUCGCCGACCCGGAUGUGAUCAAAACAGUACUGGUGAAGGACUUCCACCUGUUUGUGGACCGACACGUCAUGUUCACCAAAAGUCACGCUUUCCGAGCCCUAAACCUGGACCGCCUGACGGGCGACCACUGGAAACGUGUCCGCUCUAUAGUGUCGCCCGUAUUCUCGUCGAGAAGUAUGCGUAAAAUGUAUGGACAGGUGCGCCACUGUCUGUCCGACUUUACCACCCAAUACUUGCAAAGUGUGGCCAAUAGUGGCGUAGAUAUGGAUUUACGAUAUGCCUUUAGCCGGUACACUUUGGACGUGAUAUCCCGCACAGCAUUUGCCACCAAAAUCGAUAUCUAUAACAAGGAAAUGGAUGCAAACAACCCGUUUGUGGCCAAUACUCAACAGUUUUUCCGAUUCAAUGCCGUGAAAGAGGCGGCGACUAUAUUGUUGCCGGCGUUUGUGCGCCGGUGGCUACGGGUUGAGAGAUCUAAACCGGAUAAGUUUUUCGAGGAUAUCGUGAGGGGUAUACUCGCGAAAAGGGCUCAACAAACUGGGGAUCAAAAGUAUCAGGAUUUUGUUCAACUGCUUAUGGAUGCGAGAGUGAGGGACAGGGAUGACGAUGAGUUAGGGGCUGGCAAUGAAGGAGUGGAAGAGCUGGCAGUGACUAAGAAAGUAUUGGACAUAAAGGUAACCGACAAACGGCUUUCCCCUGACGAGGUCGUAGCCCAGGCCUUCUCGUUCAUUGUAACCGACAAACGGCUUUCCCCUGACGAGGUCGUAGCCCAGGCCUUCUCGUUCAUUGUGAGCGGUUUUUUCACGAGCGCCGACAUCCUGGCCUACUGUGGCUAUGAAUUGGCACUCAAUGCACACAUUGAACGCAAAUUAUACGACGAGAUUACCGGUGCGGCCGUCGACGGGGACAUCCCUUACGACCAGUUGUCACAACUGCCAUAUUUAGACGCAUUUCUAUCAGAGAUUAUGCGACACCACGCCUCACCCCUACCCUUAAGUCGAUACCCCGUUACAGACUGUAAGUUAUCAGGCACAGAUAUCGUGGUAAGGGCUGGCACUCAGAUUGAAAUACCCCUGUAUGCAAUACACCAUUCCGAUGAGUUUUAUGAAAGUCCCUGGAAGUUUGAUCCUGAUAGGUUUAUGCCCGAGAAUAAACAUAAAAUAAGACCAUACACCUUUUUGCCAUUUGGUGCCGGCCCUCGCAAUUGCAUCGGUAUGCGGUUCGGGAUACUGGAG